AUGACGAUGACGGCGCCCGCCAGGUCCUGGGCCGAUCUCCACAGCGAGCUCGUGGUGUCCAUCGCCGCCAUGAUGGCCGCCGACGGCUCGCCUCUGAGAGACUACGAGAGCCUCCGCUGCGUCUGCACCGCGUGGCGAUCCGCCCUCGUGCCGCCGUACCCCUGCCUGCUCUCCCUCGCUGACGCCGCCUCCGUCUUCUCCCUCCCGAUGCGACGCUCGCUCCGCAUCUACACGUCGAGCGAAGCGCUCGACCGUACCCUGAGCCGCCUCGGCCGCACCGGCUGCCGUGUCCGCGUCGUCGGCUCAGCCAACGGCCGCCUCGCUGUCGCCGUCGACGACGGCGACCUCAACUACGCUAGGAUCCUUCUCCUCGACCCCCACAGAGGCCGCGUGGUCGUCGAGCUCCCACUUCCCUACGAGUGGGUACGCAAGGUCGUGUUCACGGCCGACGGCACCGUCAUGGCCGCGUGUGAUCACGGGAAGGCGGUCUACGUUGGCAUCCGCAGCGGGUGGGUAAAGGGCAUGCAGUGGACGCUCGUCGACAACAUCGAUGGCGAUGCUCUCGCCGACCUGGCCUUGGACGCCGGAGGCGAGAGGCUGUAUUGCCUCGACAGAGGCGGGGCCGUGCGCGUGCUCCGCAUCCCCAGGAACGGCCAGAGCAGCCAGGAGGCUACGGCCGUGGCCACUUUGCCUCCGUUGAUCCGCCUGUCUGCCGUCUUCCCCGCGCCGUACAACGCCGCGUCCAGGCUGACGGUAAUCAGGCAUCUCUUCUUCUGCCAUGGUAGCCUGUACCAGAUAUGGCAGAAAGCUGCCGCCCCCGUCAAGCUGGGCUGUGGAUUGACUACUGCGCCCGCGGACGAGAUCUUCGUCCUGAGAUAUGACCCCAAACAAUGGCCGGCCUGGGAAGCGGUAAAGGAUCUAGGAGGCCGCUCCGUGUUCGUCGGCCAGAACAGCAGCCCGGUGGUGGUGCGAGCCGCCGGCGUCGGCGCCAUGCCACGGGUACGAGCCGACUGCGUGUACUGGAUCAGCGGCCUGGGCAUCCCGAUGGUGUGCGAUGUGGCCGCCGGUAGUACCUCCGAGCCGUGCGUCACACCCGGAGGAGUUUGCCGUGGUGUCUGCUGGUACUUCGGCGAUGAAAACAUGGCAAGCAUUGACCGCGGCGCCGGCGGGAGAGACUAA